AUGGUUUACGACCCAAGCACAUUUUCCAAUGUCACCGAAGUCCGAACUACUCAUAUUGACGUGAAUUUCAACGUCAAUUUCGAAACUAGAAUUAUCGAUGGGAACAUUACCCUAAAGCUCAUUACUCUUGUCGAUGAUGUCAAGAAGGUGAUUCUUGACACCAGAUACCUCAAUGUUAGGUCUGCGUCACUUUCAGGUGAAAAGCUGAAGUACAACGUCGCACCCAGAAACGAAAAAUUCGGUUCUGCCUUGCACAUUGAGUUGGGUAAAAGUUUGCCCGCAAACACUGAAUUCAGUUUAAAUGUUGAUUAUACGACCUCAGAACAGGGAACGGCGAUCCACGCUCGAUCGCUCUUGCCGUGUCAAGACACGCCUGCAAUUAAGCUCACGUAUUCCGCGGAGGUUGAGGUUCCUCAGCCUUUACGUGCUCUGAUGAGUGCAAUUAGGAUUGAUGAGGGGGAAAAUACCGAAAGGGGAACCAGAAUAUAUAAAUUCGAACAGAACACCAAAAUUCCAUCAUAUCUAAUUGCUUUGGCGGUUGGUAAUUUAGUGGGCAAGGAGAUUGGGCCCAGAUCUACGGUGUGGACGGAGCCCGAAGUGGUGGAUGAUGCCGCAUGGGAAUUCGCGGACACAGAAAAGUUCAUUGCCACCGGGGAGGAAUUGCUCACCCCUUAUGAGUGGAAAAGAUAUGAUGUUCUGGUUUUGCCAUCGUCUUUCCCCUACGGAGGAAUGGAAAAUCCUUGCUUAACUUUCGUGACGCCCACACUAUUGGCCGGAGAUAGGUCACUUGUGGAUGUGGUUGCGCACGAAAUUUCUCACAGUUGGAUGGGAAAUCUCGUCACGACUACAAAUUGGGAACACUUUUGGUUAAAUGAAGGAUGGACUGUCUUUAUCGAAAGGAAAAUUGCAGGUCGCUUGCAUGGUGAAAAAGAAAGUGAAUUUGAUGCGAUCAUUGGACUACAAUCCCUGGAACGUGAUGUCAAACUUUUUGGUGAAACAAAUGCUUUAACCGCCUUGGUCCCAAACUUGCAGGGCGUGGAUCCUGAUGACAGUUUCUCCUCAGUUCCAUAUGGUAUACUAUGCUACCUAAAUAGAUAUCGCAUGAAAGUAAUUGGGGGCCCUGAAUAUUUUGAGCCUUAUAUGAAAGCGCAUGUGCAAGAGUUCGCGGGUAAAUCGAUCACCACCGACGAUUGGAAAAAUUUUUUGUACUCAUUCGUGGAGAAAAAUUUCGGCACCGAGAAAAAAGCAUCAUUGGACACCAUUCAAUGGGAAAGUUGGCUACAUUCUCCCGGGAUGCCUCCGGUGAAGAAUGAAUUCGACCAAACACUAGCUAAAGCCUGUGAUAAUUUGGCGCAAAGAUGGAACUCGGCCCGAAAUAAUGAGAAUUUUGACGAGUUCUCACCAGCGGACAUUGAAAAUUUCACUCCCGGGCAAAAAAGCAAGACGUCACUUCCUUGA